CGACAGUGCGUCGACGCAAGCAUACAUCGCUGUCACGCAAGCGCGUGAGACGAGAGCGCGCUCGUAAAUAAAAAUAAACUUUAUUUUUUAUAAAAUUAAAUUCUUAUUCAAAUAUCAACGUAAAUAUCGAUUUGAAAUAUUUAUUUUACGCUUAAUGAUAUUGAAUUUUUUUAGUGUGAUAUUUAUUUUUUAUUUGAAUUUUUGUAUUAAAAUAAUUUAGUUCGGUGUGAUAUUUAUUUUUUGGUGGUGAUUUUUGUAAAUAAGUUAAAAAAAUGGUGAACAAAAUGUAUAAAAUUAGUUCCGCGAAAGAAGAAAAAGUUGGGAGCAAACACAAUCAGAUUCUUAUGUCCAUUGUAGUAUGUAUGCCAAUCCUGGCGUAUGGUACAGCAAUGGGAUGGAUAUCCCCUAACAAAGCGCUGCUCAUGGGGGACUACUCCCCUGCCAGCUCACCCCUCACUGAAGAAGAUGUCUCCUGGAUGGCAUCCAUCAUGUUCAUCUUUGCACCAAUUGCUGUGUUCGUGUAUGGCGUUGCUGCUGACAAGUUUGGCAGGAAAAAUGCUUUACUUUGCGCUUCCAUACCUAUUUCUAUCGGCUGGGCAGUCAAAUUGAUGUGUGCACAUCCGAUCGCAUUGAUCGGCGCACGCGCACUCAUUGGAUUUGGUUCUGGUGGAGGGUUCGUAGUGUGCCCUCUGUAUGUGAAGGAGAUCAGUGAGGACAGCAUCCGAGGAAUGACGGGGACCUUCGUCAUAUUUUCACAGACUGUUGGCAACCUACUAGUCUUCAUCCUGGGAGACCUGCUGCCGUUCAACACGGUGCUCUGGAUCCUGCUGGCUAUACCCCUCAUCCAUUUCUGCAUACUGCUGCGAUUGCCCGAGACACCUUCCUUUUUGGUGAAGUGCGGAAGAAACGAGGAAACUGCCAAAGUGUUGGCAUGGCUUCGAUCUCUCCCCGUAGAUGACAAGUCAAUUUCGGAAGAAGUGGAUCGACUCAUCAUUGAACAGACUACCAGUGAACUGAAGUUUUCACCCAGAUUAUUGUUUUCUGACAAAACUACAGUAAAGGCUUUCUGGGUGGCCCUCAUAGUGAAUCUCACUCGAGAGUUUUGUGGCUGCAUAGCUGUCCUGGUCUACGCAAGCCAUAUCUUCGCAGAAGCUGGCAAAGACCCAAGCACAAGCAUCGCUUUAUCACCAAACAAACAAUCAAUUCUACUCGCUGCUGUCCAAAUCAUUGGGUCGUUUUUGGCUUGUCAGCUUGUUGACAGAGCUGGACGAAAGCCUCUUCUAGCAGUCACAAGCGCGGUAGCCGGCUUCAGUAUGUGUUUGCUAGGAGUCUGGUUCUACCUUCAAAGUAUAGAGGUAGCCAUGCCAGGAUGGGUGCCCAUCGUCGCACUAUGCGUGUGUAUCUUCGCUGAUGCUUCUGGUCUGCAACCCUUACCGUUUGUCAUCAUGACUGAGAUGUUUAACUUCCAGCUCCGAGGCACCGUGGCAACCCUCAUAAUGGCAAUAUCCUUAGGAACGGACUUCGCUCUUCUCAAACUCUUUGCUCCUCUAAACGUAUGGAUUGGAUACCAUUCCACUUUCUGGAUGUUCAGUGUCAUCUGCCUGUCAAACGUCUUCUACCUCAUCUUCUGCGUUCCCGAAACGAAAAUGAGAAGUCUAGAAGACAUUUACGCUGACCUAGAAGGCAGAAAGAGAAGAAAGAAAGACGAUAGUGUAGUAGAAACAAAUCACGUCUGAUUUAUUUUCCAAGACUUUUGUGUUACCGCGUAAAAAUGGCGCGAAUUUUGUUUGUAAGACAAAAUGGCCGCUGAUUAACUUUAUAGUUUGUGACUUUUUAAGGUAGCUAUUUUUAUUUAUAUAAAUAAUUUUAGUAUUAAGGCUGGUAGUUACCUAAAUUUAGUAUUAAGUUUUAUAGUUAAUGCCAUGAAAGACAACUUAAAGUGAUAGGUAGUUUGAACACUAAAAAUAGAAAACGAUAGUGAAUAAUAUAUUAUUAUUUAACACUGUUUGUUGAAAAAAAAACAAUAUAAAAUUCAUAGAGAUUCUGUAGAUAUUACACGAUUUUAAAAGAAUCUCUGUUCAAACGAUCAAUUCCAUAUCAUUCCAUGUUGCCAUAUAAAAUAAUAGCUAAUAAUUACUGGUUACAUUGUCUAUUUCUAGUCACCGGUUUUCAUAUCUGCUUAAUCCCAAGUGUAGUGUCCGCAUAAUUUUGGCUCUAAUUUUUGAUUUACAAACCAACUAAAUAGACAAUGUUGCCUACAGUAAAAUAGUUUGUAGAUAAUAAAUUUUAUACAGAUUAUACAUAGCAGAUAUUUAGGACGAAUAGCAAAUUAAUUCCAAUUGUUUUAGUUGUUAAGUUAGUUUCUAUUUUUGUUCAUGUAUCAGAAGC